UGAGUAGAUGUGUUGGGAGGUAAGACGCCGGAAGCAGAACAUACCCCGCAUGUCCUGCCGUAUAUGGAGAGGUGAAUGAUUGCGGGGUACAUAGCCAUAGGACGGAUGGGGUAAAUGGUUGUGCAGGGAGAAUGGACACAUGCAGUAACAGAUGGCAGAGACUUGUAUUUUCUACAGACAGGAUGGAGGUUCACCGGCAGGAGAUCUAUAGCAAGGGACAAGAAGAUGCAGUUAUCAUGCAGACCAAUGCGACUCCAGAUGAGGCAGACCUGGCAUUCAGGGUUUACAAGAUGCUGGAUGGGAAUGAAGCCUUCAGUAACAUGUCUGAAUUCCACGUGAUGCCCAUACAAGGAGAAGACGGCACAAUCGUCAGCGUACAAGUCUCUGGCAUCCAGCGAGGAGAUGACAGCGAGAGCGGCACCCUGCACACACAGGUGUUUGACAUACAUGAAUUAGGGGACAUUUUGCACCUACCGGGUGAACCUUCACAACAGGAGAGAGAGGAGCUCUGCAUGGAUGCUCCUGAUGACCAGCCUGUGAGCCCUGCACAAUGUCAGGACGUGUCCCAGGAGACUGAUACCCCAGAGACAGCAAGAGCAGAACCCGAAGAAAGAGCAGAGCCAGAACAGUCCACUGCAGAACAGCCUGUAGCCACAGAGAACACUGUGACGAAGACGCUGUACAGCUGUGGUCAGUGUAAGUUCAGCUCCUGUAACCUGGCCGCGCUGAGGCGACACAUGCGGAGACAUUCGGACAAACACAAAUGCAAGUUAUGUGAGAAAACGUUCGCUUCUGCGACAGAACUGCGGCUUCAUGUCAAUUUCCACCUGGGGAUCAAACCUCAUAAGUGCAGCGAGUGUGACAUGGCGUAUGGGACGGCUGCAGAUCUUCUGAGACACACCAGAUCUGUGCAUAGUCUUGAGAAGCCUUACCAGUGCUGCUACUGUGAUUAUGCCAGUGCAGAGGUGAGUAGGAUGAAAAUUCACAUUCGUUCACACACCGGGGAGCGCCCGUUCACCUGCACUGAGUGUUCUUUUGCCUCAACUGAUGCCUUCAAACUGAGGAGACAUAUAAGGACGCACACAGGUGAGAAACCGUACUCGUGUAACAUCUGUCAGGCCAAGUUCACACAGAGAAACAGUAUGAAGAUGCACAUUCUCAGGAAACAUACAGAAAACUUACCCAAAGAACGCUGUCCUAUCUGCAGUGCCGCCCUGUUUGGGAAACAUGACAUACAGGUGCACAUCCGCAAGCAGCACACUUACCUUGAGACCCCAGUGAAGUGUCGCUUCUGCCCAGAGACCUUCCAUGAGCGUUACAGCCUAAGGCAGCAUCAGCAGAGUCACCGGAAUGAGAAACAAGCUGUAAACAGACCUGGAAUUCCCAAUGGAAAGGUGGGCAAGAAGGGUGAAGUUGCCAUUAUAGAUGAGCAAGAUGCAGAGACUGGUUCAAAAGAAAACCAUUUAACAUGGAAUAUCCUCCCCAGCAGCGAGGAGACACAGCUGUUUGUCCACCUUGAUGGAAGCGAGCAGCCUGGCACUGAGCUGCACAGCAUCCCCAUGCAGGUGGAGGAUGGCAGCAUUGUGCAGGCAUUAGUUGUGCACAGCACUGACCAGGUGGACACUGCAGAACUGCAUGCUCAGGUGUAUGAGCUGCAAGAUCUGGGUGCCGUUCUGCAGCCACUGAUGGAGCAGCAGUCCUCUUCUGGGUCCAUAGUCAUUGCUGUGAACAGCACCAUGGAUCAGUCUAUACUGAAUGAACUCGAGCAGGACGUGAACCCAAAUAGCAGUCCUCAGGAAGCAGAAGCUGUUCCUUCACCCCAGGCAAGCAAACGUAGGAGGCUUCAGCUGAUUAACCCUGAAAAUCAGAUUGAGGUGAAACUUCACAAGUGUAAAGAGUGUAACAAGUCAUUUUCCACCGGCCUGGAGCUUGUGAAGCAUAAAAAGUCCCAUAAACCAGAAAAUCAGUUUAAGUGCCCGUUCUGUGAACAUGAGACCACAGAGGCUGAAGAAUUGAUCCUUCAUAUUCAAAUUCAUAGUGAAGACCGACCCUUCCAUUGUGAUCAGUGCAACUAUGCCACCACAGAUGCCUUCAAGCUGACGAGACACAAGAGGACGCAUACAGGUGAACGGCCUUUCUCGUGCUCCGUGUGUCAGAUUACGUUUACCCAGAAGUCAACUAUGGAAAUGCAUGUUCUGAGGAAACACACAAAAGAGCUGCCCAAGCUUCACUGUCCCCUAUGUGAAACGGUCCUGACUGGGAAGGUUGGCCUGAAGAUUCAUAUUCGCAGGCAACACUCCCAGACAGAGAAGGCGCUGAAGUGUCGUUUCUGCCCAGCCACGUUUCACGAACGCUUUGUCCUCCGCCAGCACCAAAAAGUCCAUCAGAAAGAGAAGACCGUGAAAUCUAAUUUGCCCAGGGUCAAGAGGAAAGUGGUAAUGAGAAAUAACAAUAAACAGAUUCUUCUGGAAAGCGAGAGGAGCUUGGGGCCACAGGAAGAGACAUUUACCUGGCAGGUUGUCCCUGCAGAGCAGGAGACUGAAAUCCACUUUCUGAUCAGCGGUUCAGAAGAGAUUGAUGCACUGUCCGAGUAUCAUGUCCUCCCAGUGCAGACGGAGGCUGGCAGUUUCAUCGGUAUACAAGUGGCAGGGCUGCAGGAGGUGGAACAAGUGGAUGCGGGCACUAUCCACACACAGUUGCUUUUAGGGCAGGACGUCUUAGAAGCGUGAAAACUAUGAAAGUCUAAGGGUGCCCAGCGCCCUGGAGACCAUGCAGGGGCAGCAGGCCUGGCACCUGUCCAGCACAGAGCUGGUGAAUGUAACUAUAUUAAGAGGCCUCCAAGUAUCUUGGCUAUGCACGUGUUUCACCUCCUGAGGAGGUUGGUGGCUCCAGAGAAGGGAAAAUGUUGUUCUUGUUUCUUCUUCAAAAGAAUAAAGUAAUGCGUUUACAAACCUGAGUGGCCGGACCUGACUGGAAAGAAGCCAUCGGUCUGGGGGGACCUAAGUGUUAAUGGGUCACACAUUCAGAGAGACCAUGUCCAAUGACUUCUUGAUCUGAAGAAGUCACUAAUCAUAGUGAUUGUUCAUGUGAGGCCAGGACUGAACUGAGGAGCAGGAAUUGGUCUGUAGGGAGCCCUGCAUGUAGCAGUAGU